CUCCCUUUCCCACUGUAUUAAAUUCUUUUCUUUCUUUCUUUCUUUUCUAAUUGUCUUUAAUUGCCAUUAACGUUUAGAUUAAAUUUUAUCUAUUCUUUCUUCUUUUAAUUUUCUUUCGCGUCGUUCAUGAGAAUUAAAUUCUAAAACGGAAAACAGAGAAAUUAAUCUCUUAUUAACGACAGUUAAAGAAAAUUUAAAAAUAAGAAAGGAAAGAGAAUUUAAUUCCAUUUAAUAAAAAAAAAAAAAAAAAAAAAAAGAGGCACUAUGAAACCAAAAAAACAACACUAUUUAUAUUUUAAAAACAGCCCUUUUACCUAAUAAUAUUUCUCCAGUUAAGGCCCUAUUUUUUAGAGCACAUUUCUGAAAUAUUUUAGAAAGGCAAGAGAAUGUUUUAUGUUAUAUGUUGGGAAUGGUGAAGCAAAGAAGAAGAAGAAAACAAAACAAAAGCUUGGGUCUUUUUUUUUCUCUUUUUUUUUUGUAACUGAGAUUAUUAGAUUAGAUUAGAUUAAUAAGUACUUAUUAAUGUGAUUUCUUCUUCAUUUUUAUUUUUAUUUGUUUUUCUCUUCAUCCAUAUACAACCAGACAACUUCAAUACUUACAAAUCUCACAUCAUUACAGUAAAACAAACGACUUCCCCGAAAAACAUUCCAUCCAUAUGGCUUCUUCUUCUUCUUCUUCUUCUUCUUCUUGUUCUUGUUUUGUUGUUUUGCUUCUGGUUUUUACUUCUUUUUCCUCUGUUUUGUCAAGUUCUAUAUCCCAUCAAAUCCCAACAAAAAACCAAACUUUGUUCCACCCAGCUAAAGAACUCAAGAAACUUAAACACAUCAGAAAUUAUUUGCGCAAAAUCAACAAGCCUCCCAUCAAGAUAAUUCAGAGUUCAGAUGGUGAUGUUAUAGAUUGUGUUCUUUCUCAUCUUCAACCUGCUUUUGACCAUCCUGAUCUCAAAGGCCAUUCUCCAUUGGAACCACCAGAGAGGCCAAGAGGGAACAGCAACUCCACUGAAGAAGCAAUAGAGAAUUUCCAGUUAUGGUCAGAAUCAGGUGAGUUUUGCCCAGAAGGAACAAUCCCAAUAAGAAGAACAACAGAAAAAGAUAUAUACAGAGCAAGUUCUUAUAGAAGAUAUGGAAGAAAACCCAUUAAACAUGUGAAAAGAGACUCUUCUGGCAAUGGCCAUGAGCAUGCUGUGGUAUAUGUGAAUGGGGAACAAUAUUAUGGAGCAAAGGCGAGUUUAAACAUAUGGGCACCACGUGUAACGGAUCAAUAUGAGUUUAGUAUAUCACAAAUAUGGGUAAUUUCAGGUUCAUUUGAGAAUGAUUUGAACACCAUUGAAGCUGGAUGGCAGGUUAGUCCUGAACUGUAUGGAGACAACAAUCCCAGAUUCUUUACAUACUGGACAACUGAUGCUUAUCAAGCCACAGGAUGUUAUAAUUUACUUUGUUCUGGGUUCGUUCAAACCAAUAAUAGGAUAGCAAUUGGAGCAGCAAUUUCGCCUAUUUCUUCUUACCGUGGCAAGCAAUUUGAUAUUGGUUUAAUGGUCUGGAAGGAUCCGAAGCACGGGCAUUGGUGGUUAGAAUAUGGGUCGGGGUUGCUGGUGGGGUACUGGCCAGCAUUUUUGUUCAGCCAUUUGAGGAGUCAUGCUAGCAUGGUACAAUUUGGAGGGGAAGUAGUGAACAGCAGAUCUAAUUCAGGGUUUCACACAGGAACUCAAAUGGGGAGUGGUCAUUUUGCUGAAGAAGGGUUUGGGAAAGCUUCUUAUUUCAGGAAUUUACAAGUUGUUGAUUGGGAUAAUAAUUUGCUUCCUCUAACAAAUCUUCAGGUCUUGGCUGACCAUUCCGAUUGUUAUGAUAUUAGACAAACCACCAAUAAUGUUUGGGGCACUUAUUUUUACUAUGGAGGACCUGGUAGAAAUGUCAAAUGCCCUUAGAAUUAUUUGGCCUUUUUAUUAUUUAGUCGUUGUUGUUGAUGAUGUUUUAGGAUAUAAUGUAAUUUAAUUGUAAUCUUUCUUUCUUUUUUGGUUUCUUUUUGUCCUAGGCCACCUUGAGGUAUGGUUUUGGUUUGGUUUUGGCCUUUUUCAAUAUUAGUUUAUACAGAGAGGAUGAAUUUUUUGUAAUUAUGGAUGAAGAAUACAAAGAAGUGAAGAAUUAGAAAGGUUGUGCUUACUUA